AUGGGUUCACUCAAGUGGGAGGCCAAGCUGCCGCUACCAAGCCCGUACGGCGUUGUGGCGCCGAAGCACGUGACAGCGGUGUGCCACGUCAGCGCAUGCCACCCGGCGCGCCUCGUCACUGCCUGCCUGGACAACUCCCUUCGCGUCUUCGACCUGCUCUUGCAGCCGCGCCCCCUCAGAGUCGUCUCGCUGGGAUCUGUGCCGAUUCGAUCCCUUGCUGCUGUCUGGAGCAAGGGUGGGGAGGAGUGCAGUGCGGUGGCGGUCGGGACGGGCAUGGGGGAGAUGAAGCAGGUGGAUCUGACACACGGUCGCAUCACUGGAGCAUUCAAGGGCGAGUGUGCGGGCUCCAUUCGUUCACUCGCCAUGCACCCAUCGCUGCCUCUUGUAGCCUCAUGCGGUCUGGACCGUUACCUGCGCAUCCACCAUCUGCACACGCGCCGCCUUGUUGCCAAGGUGUUUCUGAAGCAGCCACUCAACUUUCUCUGCUUUCUGCCAGAAGGGGUGGCAUCUGGAGCUGCUGCAUCAGGGCCUUGA